AUGGCAAUAUGCCUGCAGCAUCUUUGCCGACUGUCUGCACUGGCGCUCCUUUUCUUGGGAGCAGUGGUCGUAAGCUUGGCUCUGGGCCUUGUUCUUGCUGGAGCAUCCCCGGUGGUUCUUCCCUUGGGUUUUGGCAUUCUGGCUAUAGUUGUAAAUGCUGGCUCGAAAAACAUGCAUGGUCGUGUGCGCUACCGCCGAAUUUGCAGAGCAGUGGCAGUGGGUUGCCUUUGUCUUCUGAUCGUGGCAUGGCCCUUCCUCACCUGCAUCUGGCUUGGGCCGAUGAGUGCGGCGGCAGUUCUGGCAGCGAACCUGGUCUUCAUUGCUUCCAUCAUCCUGACAGUCUGGACAAUCAUACUCAGCAACAACUAUCCUCCAGGUUCAGAUGAGUCCUUUACCGUGGCCCAGCUCGAUGAAGACCUUCACAGGUUGGAGACGGCCUCGGCCGAGCAGGACCCUCUCUGGGGAUGGCACCUGUUUGCCGCCUUGGCAGACUGGUAUCAGCUGUCAGCUCUUGCCUUCAACGUUCCUUCGCUACUGCUCCCGGCAGCCGUGAAGGAUCUGUUGAACGCUUUUUUCGCCUUAGGACGGCUUGCCUUGCCCUUCGUGCCAGCUGAGGCUGUGCAAGUGGCAGGUUUUCUUUUGGCCAAUGUCCUUUUAUUUUGCUGCGUUUUGUUUGCAUCGGUCAGGCUUACUGCGCUGAUGCUCCUGCCACGGCUUGUCGCCAUAUGGAUAGGCGAAGGGCAUGAUCAUAAUCCUGACCCAAACAAGAAGAAAGAAGAAGCAGCAAAUGAUUCGGAACGCAUCCAGAGCAAGAUAAGUGACCUUGGACUCUCGUGGAUGAUGCAAGAGCCUGGUGAAGCCCCUGCAGACCUCAAAGUCGCGCUCUUUGUUACUUCCACUCUCAUCGGCUACACGCAAGCCAACCUGGAAGUCUUUGUUUGCAAGCAGGAUGAGCUUGGCAUGGUCUGGGCCGGGAACCAGGAGCUGCAGUGUUGGACCGGAGUCCAUUCUGCGAUGGCUUGGGCUGCAAGCUUGGUCCUGGUGGCUGUGCUGCCAGCCGGAUUUCUGAUGGGACUGACAAUUGAGCUUGGUGCGCAGCGCAUACAUCUCGGGGAGGAGUUCAGACCAGCGAGGCUUAGCACUCACGGCUGGUUCCUUCUUCUCGAGCGGCCUGUGAAGCUCCUCGCUGUCGCCAUGGCCAUUCAAAGCGAAGCCUUUGGCAACACCAGGUUGCGACUGAUUGCACUGACUGUGGGCGCCCUCAUGCUAGCGCUUCUUAGUCAGGCACUGAGCAUCAGCUCCCACAUGGGGCUCAGCCACCUUCGUCAAGUUGCGCUUUUUUCUGCUGUCAUCAAUGGUGCUGGCUCCCUGUUGACGUAUGAGAUUUCGGAUGAGCAAGAUUUGACAGGCACGGGCUUACUUCUGGCUGGGCAUGCUGCUCUGUUCCUCUGGAGCACAAGUCGCUCAGAGAGGCUGCUGUCCUGUCCGGCCUCCGCUCGAACUGUUCGAUGCAUCAUUCGGCUUCUUCUGUUGGUUCUCGCCGUGGGAUCAGCAGCCGUUUUGGGGUUCCUUCCCGACCUGCUUGCCAUCAACACAGGUGCGUACACCGAGAGAAAAUUCGAUCCAGGCUUGGACAUGUCCAUCAGGGCUGACUCCUGUGCCCUCUUUGUGAAGAGCACUGACUGCAACGACUGUCAGCAGUUUACUGCAGAACCAGCUUGGUUUUCAGGUAGCGCGGGGCAGGGCCAGUUGAAAAUUUGGAGUGAAGGAGCAGCAGCUGCUAUGAGCGCCGGCAACGUGUCAACGUCCGCUACAGUCUUGGAAGCCUGCGAGCUCUGGCUGCUCAUGCUACCAAACAGCACAGUUAACGUUGAAUGCCAUGGUGAGUGCACUUUACAUGCGCAGGGCAGUUUUGCCCGUUUGGAUGUGACUGCCAAUGGGUACAUGGAUGCAGUGACCAACGUGAGGAUCUCGGACAAGUUCAACUUCUCAAGUGCCAUGGGCCACCUAUGGUCCAACCUUGUGCUGGGCAGCUUGGAGUUGAUCGAGUUGCCUUCCAUUGCCAUCAAGCUACUUGAUGGAGAUGCGGAUGUCUCCCUGGACAUACAGCACGCUGUGCAAGCGCGGGCAGACGCCCUUUGCUUGAUCGGAGUUCAGGCCUCCGAUCUAAACAGCACAAAUUGGACAGUGGAGCUGGACAUCGGAGGCAAGUUGAGCCUUCGCAACACAUCAGCGCCGCUCCUUCCAGAGAAUAGUAGGCAGAUCGUGUUGCACAACGAGAGUGUUGUUGAGCUGGAGGCAGCUGCUGAGGAUUACAAUUACAUCGUGCUGGUAAAGGGCAGUGCGCGGCACACUCGUUUCGUCAAGCCGGCCCUGGAGCAGCGCUUUGUCCUCCUGCCUUCCAGCGAAUUCUUAGGCUCAGCUUUGUCAAGUUGCUGUAUCUGCUUGCGCUUUGCUGUGUCGUGGCGCUUGCUCUUCAGGCUUGCUCUUCAGACUUGUUCUUUCCCACCAUCAAUGUGGGGUUCUUGGAUUCCGAGAUGA